AUGACAAAUGUAUCAAUUAAUAAUCAAAAUUUAUAUGAUAUAUCAUUAAAUCAAAGGAAAAUUUUAUCUCAAUCAAUAAUACCUACUACUAAUACUACUACUUCAUCAUCAAAACCUUGUAUUACACCAAAAAGAGUUGCAUCAAUGAAUUCAUUACCUACUUUAAAUGAAAAUAGUAUAACUUCUUCUUCGUCAACAAUUAAAACAAUAAAAAGACCAGGUGAUUAUUAUAUUCAAAAAAUUAAUUCAAAAUCUUCAUUAAAUUUAAAUAAAACAAUACAACCACAACCACCUUCAACUCCUAUUUCAUCUUUACCAAAUCCACAAUAUUCACUGAUACAACAACAACAUCCUAAUAAUUAUAAAAGAAGAAUGUCACAAGAUUCAUUAAUGUCAUUACAAUCUUCAUUAUCUGAUGAUCAUUCACUGAUUUUAUCAUCACAAUUUGAUACUCCAGUAUUAAAUUCUUCAUCAUCACAAAUGACAAAUCAUCAUAAUAGAUCAAAUCAAAUAGAUACAAGACAUAGUUCUAUGACUUCUUCAUCAACUUCAAAUUUUGAUCCAAAUUCAUCAUCAAUUAUGGGAAAUGAUUCUACUAUAUCAUUAAAUAAUUCAUCUCCUAAUAAUAGUUUCAUUAAACCAAAACCUUUAAAAUCUGCAUCAACUACAAGUGUACUUAUGGUUAAACAACUACAACACCAAAAUAAAUUUGUUGUACCACAACCACCUAUCAAAACAACAAGAUCAAAAUCAACUUCAACCAUGCCAACUUUAAAUAGAUCAAAAUCCAAGUUUUUAAGUUCACAAGAAAGUAAAGAACGUUCUAUUUUACGUAAAAAAAAAUAUGAAGAAAAUGAUGAUGAUGAAGAAAUUUUAAGUAAUGAUUUAGAUAAUUUAAUUUUUAAUGUUCCAAUGAUUAAAAAUCAUAAUGAAAUUUAUAAAUCUUCACCUUAUCAAACUUAUAAUGGAUCAAAAUCUUCAACUUCAAAUGCAUCAUCAAAUUCAAAUUUAACAAUAUUAUCAAGAAAUGAUUUAUUAAUUGGUGAUAGUAAUGAUAAAUAUAAUAUUAGACCAUGUCCAUUACCUGGGAAAUUAUCUACAACAAAUUUACCUACUUUAAAUACACAACAUCAAGAUGAUAGUAUAUUAGAAGAAGAAGAAAGUUUUAAUAAUGAUGAUUCUGAAAUUAUUCAAAAUAUUUCAAAUUUUUAUACUCAAAGAAGUGAAUCAAAUUCAAAAAUUUUAAAAUUAUCAAGAGAUCAAAAUUUGAUAUAUAAAUUACCAUCUUUUAUAAAAUCACAAUCAUCUUUGGAAGAUUUACAUUUAAUAUCACCUGAAAAAUUAAAUUUCUUGGAUCAAACAAGACCAAUCAAUUUACCACCAAAAUCAUCAUUUGAUAAAACCAAACAUAAUAAAGAAUUCAACAAAAAUUUAACUAGUUUUGAAUCAGUUUUAAAACAUCAACAAGAUUCAAGAUCUAAAUCAUUUCAACAAUUACUAGUGUUAAAACAAUCUUGGUUAAAAGAAUUAACAACAUUAAUGGAUUUAGAUAAUAAAAAUUUCAAUAAAAAAUUUACAACUGAAAAAAAUCAUAUUAGAAAAUUAACAUGGGAUUGUAAUUUACCAACUAACAAUGAAUUAAAUUUUAAAUUCUUGAUUAAAAUUUUAUCUAAUAAUUAUUCAUCACAAGAUUCAAUUCAUACUAUACAAAAUUCAUUUGAAUUAUUUAAUAAAAAAUUAGAUUCAAUAAGUGGGAUAAUGAAACAAAAUAAAGAUAUAGAAUUUAAUAAAAUUUUAAAUAAUAUAUUAUCAAAACCAAUAUUAUCAAAUAAUAAAAAUAUAAAUCUAGAAAAAUUUAAAUCAAAUUUUAUUCAUUUAUUAUAUAUAAAAUCAAUUAGUGAAACUGGACUUACUGAAAAAGAUUAUUUACUCCUAACAAUAAUUUUAAUAAUUUUCCCAAAUUUAAAAAUUUUAGAUACUUAUAUCUUGUUAGAACUCAUAAAUCAAGAAAUUUUUAAUAGAGAAUUUAUAAAUGAAAUUUUUAAAUCAUCAAAUUUUGAUAAUGAAUCAAUUAGUAUAAAUGAAUUUUUAAAAAUUUGUUUACAAUUUAAUGAUAAUUUACCAUUAUCUUUAUCAGCUCCAACAACUCCAAUAAUUGAUCAAUUAUCAAGUUUCAAAUCAUUAUCUCCAUCACCUUCAACUACAAGUUCAAGUUCUUCAUCUAAUGAGGAAGAAAUCAUAGUUUCAUCAAAUCAAGAAAUUUUAUUGAAAUUAUUUACUUUACUAAUUAUUAAUACUCAAUCUACAAAAACAAAAAAUAAAAAUAAUUUAAAAUUAAUUAAAUCCUUUUUAAAAACUGUAUUUUUAAAUUUUCAUUUAGGUUGGAAUUCAAAAGAUGAAUUAUUUAAAGAAAAUAAAUCUAUUAGAAUUAAUUAUUGUUUAGAUCAAUUUUUAAAUUUAGAAAAAUUUAUAAAUAGGUGGUCAUCUAAUCAUUUUAAUUAA